AUGGCGGUGAUGGCAAUGGCGGCUGCGCUGCGGGGACCCGGCGGGCGCUUCCGGUGGCGUACACAGGCCACGGCGGGCGGGGUGCGGGGCUCGGCACGGGGAGCCGCAGCAGGGAGGCAGGACUACAAUCUCCUGGUGAUUGGCGGGGGAUCUGGCGGCUUGGCUUGUGCCAAGGAAGCCGCUCAGCUGGGAAUGAAGGUGGCCGUGGUAGACUAUGUGGAGCCUUCCCCCCGAGGCACUAGGUGGGGCCUAGGCGGCACGUGUGUGAACGUUGGCUGCAUCCCCAAGAAGCUGAUACACCAGGCAGCGCUGCUGGGGGGUAUGAUCCGCGACGCUCCCCACUACGGCUGGGAUGUGGCCCAGCCGGUCCUGCAUGACUGGAGGAAAAUGGCAGAAGCUGUUCAGAAUUAUGUGAAAUCCCUGAACUGGGGUCACCGGGUCCAGCUUCAGGAUAGAAAAGUCAAGUACUUUAACAUCAAGGCCAGCUUUGUCAAUGAGCACACGAUUUGCGGUGUCACUAAAGGUGGGAAAGAGAUCGAAGGCGCCUUGGAAUAUGGAAUUACAAGUGAUGACAUCUUCUGGCUGAAGGAGUCCCCUGGAAAAACGUUGGUGGUCGGAGCCAGCUAUGUGGCCCUAGAGUGUGCUGGCUUCCUCACUGGGCUCGGACUGGACACCACUGUCAUGAUGAGAAGCAUCCCCCUCCGGGGCUUUGACCAGCAAAUGUCUUCCUUGGUCACAGCGUACAUGGCCUCUCAAGGCACCAGGUUCCUGAAGCACUGUACCCCGUCAAGAGUGCAGAAACUUCCAGACGGCCAGCUCCAGGUCACCUGGGAGGACCUCACCUCUGGCAAGGAGAACAUGGGCACCUUCAGCACUGUCCUGUGGGCCAUAGGUCGAAUUCCAGAAACCAGAAGUCUGAAUUUGGAGAAUGCUGGAAUAAACACCAACCCCAACAGUCAGAAGAUUCUGGUUGAUGCUCAGGAAGCCACCUCUGUCCCCCACAUUUAUGCCAUCGGAGACGUAGCAGAGGGGCGGCCCGAGCUGACACCCACGGCUAUAAUGGCAGGAAAACUCUUGGCCCGGCGCCUGUACGGUCAGUCCUUAGAUGUGAUGGAUUACAGCAACGUGCCCACCACAGUCUUCACCCCGCUGGAGUAUGGCUGCGUGGGGCUGUCAGAGGAGGAGGCCAUGGCUCGCCAUGGAGAAGAGCAUGUGGAGGUUUAUCAUGCAUAUUAUAAACCACUGGAGUUCACAGUGGCAGAACGGGAUGCAUCCCAGUGUUACAUAAAGAUGGUGUGCCUGCGGAAGCCCCCACAGCUGGUGCUGGGCCUGCACUUCCUCGGCCCCAAUGCAGGUGAAGUCACUCAAGGAUUUGCUCUGGGGAUCAAGUGCGGGGCCUCCUACGAGCAGGUGAUGCGGACGGUGGGCAUCCACCCCACCUGCGCUGAGGAGGUAGCCAAGCUGCGCAUCUCCAAGCGCUCGGGCCUGGACCCUACUGUGACAGGCUGCUGAGGGUAGGCAGCCAUCCCUGCCAGGCCAAGGGCACACGGCGUGCCUGCCGCCCCCACAACCAGGCUCUUUUGAGGCUCAGAUCCAGGACGUAGAAGGCCGAGCCUGGGCAAGCCUCACCUCUGCCUGGAGAGCCCCUGAGGUAGUCAGCGUGGGUGGCGUCUGGACCGACCCCCUGUGUGCCCUGCAGGGAUGGCUCCAAGGGUUGUCAGCCCCUGACCUCACACACCCUCCUGCCUGGGCCAGCCCCGCCAGGCCCCUGAUGCCAGAAGAUGAUGAUGUGCACAGAAAC